CGCUCGUGCGCCUCUCGGCCUCCAGCGCCCUUCGGGACUCCUCGAGCUCCCUUUUGCUCUCCUCGAGCUUGGCCAGGGCAUCGUCCCUGGCUGCGGCGGCUUCAUCAGCCCUUGCCUGCAACGCCUUGGCAUCCUCCCGGAGCCGAUCAAGGCAAGCUACCGCCUCGUCGGCCGAGGCAGCCUUCUGCUCCAGCUCUUUCAAGCGAGCUAUCUCCCAAUACUGCCUCUUAUGGCUUUCCAUAAGCAUAAAGGCACUCUGCAGAAGGAAAACAAAGGUCAGGCAAAAGACUCUACACAGACGAAGAGAAAGACAAAAACAUAAGGACAGUAACUUACUUGGACGAGGAGGUCCAUGCCGCCCUCGUAAAUCUUCACGUCCCCGAGCUUCUUCAAGUAAGCCCGAUCUUUGGCCGGCAUGGCCUGGGCCAGGACGACGUGGCCAGGGACGAGAUCAUUAAACACGCCCCCGCCGACGGGGUAUUCUACCACCUUCUGGUAGGUGGCACCGGCAAUCUCCUUGCCGGCCCUCUUCGUCCGUGGUUCCUGGACGAGAGGAAG